UGUACAUAGCCGCACGAGAACGGUAUGGUGAACCACAGCACGUCAAUAACUACGACAUUCUAGUUCUUAGCCGUCUAGGGCAACGUGCGAUGGAUGGUAGUUGCAAAAUGGUGGGUGUUUCCCGACUGAGCCAGAAAGUUACACUUUCGGGUGACAGCAACGAAAAAACACGCCUCGCGCUAAGUCUUUAA